UUUUCCCUAUUUAUUUCUCCUCCACGAUCAAGCUUUUGGCUUACAAAAAGCUGACCAGCUUGUUAAACUUUACCAUUGUCUCUUUCCAUCAAAACUGAAAUACCCACAGCUUCAAUGGCGGAUCGGUCCGAGGAAGAAGAGGCUUUCUUAUACGCCAUGGAGCUAGCUUCUGCUUCUGUGCUCCCCAUGGUACUCAAAUCCGCCAUAGAGCUGGAUCUCCUCGAGCUCAUUAAAAAAGCUGGUCCAGGAGCUUCUGCUUCUCCCUCCCAACUCGCAGCUCAACUUCCAACUGAAAACCGAAGCAGCCCCCUCCUUGCCGCAUACUCCGUCGUGCACUGCAGCGUGAAACCGCUUCCAGACGGCGGCGUGGAGCGGCUUUACUCUCUUGCGCCGGUGUGCAAGUUCCUGACCAGGAAUGAGGAUGGGGUUUCCGUGGCCCCCGUUGCGCUCAUGCUUCAGGACAAGGUUUUGAUGGAGUCCUGGUAUCAUCUAAAAGAUACCGUUUUGGAGGGAGGAAUCCCGUUCAAUAGAGCAUACGGCAUGAACGCGUUCGAAUACCCAGCUGUGGAUCCGCGAUUCAACAGGGUAUUCAACCAAGCAAUGUACGAACAGUCCACCAUAUUCAUGAAGCAAAUACUUGAAAAAUACAAAGGGUUUGAGGGGGUGAAGUCGCUGGUGGAUGUGGGUGGUGGCAUCGGAGCUUCGCUUAGGAUGAUCCUAUCCAAGUACCCGGCCAUUAAGGGCAUCAACUUUGACUUGCCCCAUGUCAUUCAAGAUGCUCCAUCUUUUCCGGGAGUGGAGCAUAUUGGCGGCGACAUGUUUGUGAGUGUGCCCAAAGCCGACGCCAUUUUUAUGAAGUGGAUUUGCCACGACUGGAGCGACGCGCACUGCCAGAAGCUUUUGAAGAACUGCUACGACGCACUUCCGGAUAAUGGAAAAAUGAUUAUUGCCGAGAUCAUUCUCCCGGAGGACCAGAACAGUGGGCCGGCUUUCAGGCGGGCGGCCCACGCUGAUGUCAUCAUGUUAGCCGUUAACCCGGGUGGGAAGGAGAGGACAGAAAUGGAAUUUCAUGCUUUGGCUCAAUACGCCGGCUUCAGAGAAGUCAGAAAAGUUUGUUGCGCUUCCAGUAUUUGGAUCCUCGAAUUUCAUAAAUGACAUGUGUUUCUUUGGGCCGCGUGGGGAGUUUUAAGAGCCCUUUGGGCCGUUUUUUUUUCUUUCUAGUUGGGCCCAUUUCAGUUUGUUACUUACUGAAUCGUUUAUUCUGAAGGUGAGUUUGUUUUUUUUGAAAAAAUAAAUGUAAUAAAUGAAUCAUAUCUACCUUUCCUAAGGUUAAUUAUAUCUAAACCCUUCCAAAAUAACA